CCAGAUGUCUCGCAGCGCAGUCUUGAGAUCGAGAUUGCCCUUGAAGACGCGGCGAAUCGGCCAAGAUGGCCUCUUUCGCCCGGCUUGUGUGCACCCACAGAGUGUGGCGAAGAUGUCAACACCGACCAGUUUGCCUCACAGUCGAGGCAUUGGGGUUUAACGCCUUUUUUCGACCCGAUCCCUCCUUUGGGCAUUGCGGCAAAAAACGUCAAUCUCCUCCAAUUAUCGGCCCAUGUAGCGGCGUGCGUGUGGACAGGCGCGGAGAGACGGACCUACACGCGAAUUUACUCGAUCUCCCGCCUCACCGGUUGGACAACUGUUUAUCUUAUCCAUCACCUGUUCGUGGUCGGGUUGCCCACUUGGAUGGCCUCGGAGGGGAGGCGAGUGGGCCGGAAAGUGGGAAAAUCUGGUGGGGACGACGGUCCCCCGGUCGCGAAGUGGCACCGAAGCGUGACUGGAUGGCCUGAUUGGCUGUUCUCAUCAUCUCGACCCGCCUCGAAUAUGCGCUCAGACUCCGAGCGUCAACUGGCUCCAAUCUCGGCGGGUGAUUCGCCUCGACUGGAGGACGUCGAAUCGCCCAAUAGUGAUGAGCAUUCAGCCAACUGGGCUAAUGCAUGUUGGGUAAGUGACAGGCUGAUGAUCCUGUCCGGGACUCGACUCAACGACCUGCCGACCCGAGGCAGAGCCAGACUGCCCAACGGGCAGGAACAGUCGAGUGUCUCAGGCGACCGUUGUCUGCAUGGCAGCACCAGCCUCUGGGCCUUCUGCAUGUCAGGAGACACGAAGUUAUCCGAGUUGGGACAGUUUGCUGUCGGAACAUGA